AUGCCGAGCCAGGUGCAGGUCCAGAGGCAGCAGCAUGCUCAAUCGCCUGCUCAGGCUACAGGGGCGGCUGUCCAAAAGCCACAGCAGCAGCAACAGCAGCAGCAGCAAGGCCAAGGACAAGUCUCGUCUCAGCAGCAGCAGCAGCAACAACCACAAGCCAUACAGCCGCAGCAGUCGGCGAGAGCAGCUGCAUUGACUCGAGGCAACCAGGCCAUCAAUCAAUGCCUCGCGCAAGACCAAGCUUGGCCCGAGUUAGGCGAUAUUCUGAGUCAAGGAUCCUCGACCGAGUAUACCUGGCAAACGGCCCCUGCGUGGCAGCCUUUUGCACGCAGCGAGAUUGUCAAUAUUCCAGACACCAUCUUUGAGCAGUACAACUCGACAGAAUGCUACACACAGAUGGGCUUGUUUGGUGACAUUCAGCGCGCAUGGAUCACAGUCGACAACAGGCUGUAUCUCUGGAACUACGCAGACGGGCAGGACUUUCAAGCGUAUGAGGAUCAUCCACAUACGUUGACUGCCGUGGCUCUAGUAAGACCGCGGGGCGGCGUCUUUGUCGAUGCAAUCACGCAUCUCCUUGUGCUGGCAACACCCUACGAUAUCCUGCUGCUCGGCGUAGCGAGCCCAAAAAACCACAAGGGAGAGAUGCAAUUCUACGCGACACGAAUGAGUGUCCCCGUCACUGGCAUCGACGUCAAUUGUAUAUGCAGCACGGACUCAGGCCGCAUAUUCUUUGCCGGUAAGGCAGACGCACAUGUCUAUGAGCUACGAUAUCAAGCAGAUGAAGGCUGGUUCUCACGGCGAUGCAGCAAGGUCAACUUGACAGGCUCGGCUUUUGACAAUUUCAUCCCUGCACUCGCAACAAAGGCCACUGAACAUCUCGUCCAGCUUGUGGUAGACAACUCACGCAAGCUGCUAUACACUCUCUCUUCAAAGUCUACCAUCAGAGCGUAUGCAAUUGAAGAGCCCGCUAGCUUGUCGUUGUGUGCUACUUACACUAUUUCCAGUGCUGCUUCACAUGCCCAAAUGAUCAAUGCAGCUUCACCACUACUCGAUCCACGCUCAACAAGCAUCGUCUCGCUUUGUCCAAUUCCAGCAAGCGACUCGAAGCAAAUAUAUCUCGUUGCAGUAACGAGUACCGGCUGCAGACUCUACAUGCGCUCGUCCGCAUCGGGCUUUAAUAGCGCCUCUGCUCGCAUGUCUUCCCUGCAAGUUUCCCAUGUCCGCUAUCCACCCGCUCCACAUACGCAGACACCGCGAGCGCCGCCUCAACUCAGUCUCACUGCUCCCAAUGCACUGCCCGCUCCCAAUGCACAAUCAAGCCAGACUGCACAGACAUCCCAAGUUUUGGCCAAUACAACACGCGCUCAGCUCUUUUCGCCGCACUUAUUUUUUGAUGUGGCUAAGAGCAAUGAUCCUGCCACACCAGGCGACCGACUCUUGGGAUGUGCGCCCGAAGCCGACAAACUGGCAUUGCAGUUUUCAGCUGGCAAUACGCGGCCUUUACUUUCUGAAUCUUGCUGCUGGCUGCCCAUUGAAGGUUUUGUUCAGGAUGUCUGUGCUAUUCAGCAAGCAUCCUCCACAGCCUCUGGUAUCGGUGCCGAGCUAAUAACACAAUUCACACUGCCGCCCGCUUCUUUUGCUGUACUUACCAAUACUGGCGUGCACAUCAUCAAGCGUCGCAGAACUACAGAAGUCUUUGCCAGUGCACUACGGCACGCACCCUCUGCCGCAGGAGGCAUCGAAGCCGAAAUGCGCCUCUUCUUUGAAAAUAUCGGUCGCGCUGAAGGUUGUGCGACGUGCCUGGGAGUUAUUUGCGGUGGCUUGGAUGGUACAGAUGUCGACGAAGCUACAGCAGGUGGUAUUCAGUACAACAGUCGAUUGACUGCCUCGCAAGUUCUCGAAACGAGUCGACGCUACUUUAUCGAAUUCGGUGGCAAGGCCUUUGUGGAUGAAAAUCUACAUCGCCAUUUCGCAGAUGCCGGGCAGGCCACAUUACCGACGCUUGAGAUGGUCCGUCUGUCUGGUCGGCAUGAUGGCGUUGCAUUGUACGUCGCACGCACGGUAGCUUCCUUCUGGCGACUGCCCAUCAUGCGUCAAAUAGUGCCUGGUGAGUAUGUUUCCUCCUUGUCGGAAAGCACGCUGCAAACUGUGCAAAGCCGCAUCAUCAGCCUCCGUCAAUUUCUUGAAGCCAACAAGCAUGCCAUUGAAGGGCUUGCAGGACCAGAGCGUCUCCUUGGCACAACAAACCGUCAAGAAGAGAUUGUGUUGCAGGCUGAACAUCGCGGCAUGCAUGCGCUUCUUACGCUCAUUGUGCAAAUUAUUGAGUGUCUCAGCUUUAUUCAAGUCUUGAGCGACAGUCCAGAAGGCAAGAUGACAGAUAUUCUUCGAUCUGUCCCUCCCGCUGUGCAGCAAGAUGCCAUCAAAUUGACCUUUGAGGAGCUGCUGACAUCUCAAAAAGGCCAAGAUAUUGCCAAAGAACUCGUUACUGCCAUUGUUAACCGACGCAUCGCUCAAGGAGGUACCGUCGAAUCAGUGAGCGAGACGCUGCAAAAGCGAUGUGGAUCCUUCUGCUCUUCUGAUGAUGUGGUGCUAUACAAGGCCAUUGAACAAUUAAAGCGUGCGAGAGAUGCGCCGACAGUCGGCGAACGCGAACGCAUUCUGCGUGAGUGCCUGCGGCUCUUCCAGCACGCCGCAGCAACACUGUCACUCGACAACUUGCGUGAUACAAUGGAGGAGUUUGAACAGAUGCAAUUCUAUGCAGGAGCGCUGGAACUUGCCUUCUCUGUGGCGCACGCGUCAGACCCAUCCGAUGUGGCUCUUGGCUACAUGCAAGAUGGCAAGCCAGAGAAUGAUGCGCGCGCUGCAUUCUUUGCAAAGCGCGAGCAGUGCUACACAUUCAUGUUUGCAACCCUCGACAAGCUUGAAGGUGCCUUUGCAGCGCAAGAUUCUGCUUAUGCUGGGUCUUCGCAUGUGUCGCCCUUGUCAUCUUUGCGUGAUGCCGCAUAUGCCGUCAUUGGUAGUUCUUCUGAUGCACUGUUCCAUAACCUUUUCUAUGACUGGUACGUGUCGCGCAACCUGCAGGAGCGGCUGCUUGAGAUCUCAAGUCCAUUCAUUGAACCUUACUUGCGUCGCAAGGCGCAAUCGAGUCUGGCUUUUGCCAACUUGCUUUGGCAUUAUCAUGCGCGUCGGCAGGCCUAUCUUGAUGCAGCCAAAGUGUUGCAUAACAUCUCUCGCAGCGGUUAUGAUUUGCCACUUGAGCAGCGAAUCGAGUACCUCAGUCAGGCAAAAAGCUUCCUGGCUUGUGUGGCAACACAAGAUGGUGCUGCUCAGCUGCUGGAAGUCAUUAGCGAGGAGCUUGAUGUCAUGGGCAUCCAAGAUGAUUUGUUGAAUAGCUUGCGCAAUGACACGCGUUUGAGAGAGGAUAAAAAGGCUGAGCUCAUCGCAAAGCUCGAUGGUAAAUUGGUCCCGCUAACAGAUCUUUUCAACCAAUUCGCCGAUCCACUGGGCUACGGCGAGGUGUGUCUUGCCAUUUUUCAAGCCGCUGGGUAUCGGGGCACACUGGAAAUUCGCAGUUGUUGGGAGAAAUUGCUUGAGCGCGAACAUGAGCUUGCAGACGAGCAAGGGGGCCCCGCGCCCUUUGAAAGAGUCGGCAACAAGGUACGUCAGCUUGGUAGACGCUUUGGUGCAGAUGAAGUCGUUUUUUCGCUGGAAGAGCUACUGCCUAUGCUCGAACGGUACCACCUACAACGGCAAAAGGGCGAGGCGCCGCGAGGCUGGGCUGUAGAAGUUCUACUGGAAGCAGAAGCACCGCACGAAGCACUCUUUGCCGUGCUGGAAGACUUGUACCUGCAGCCUGCUUGGCAAGCAAAGCAAGCAACAGUUCAUCUGAUUGGCGAGACACUCGCAUUGCUGUUGCGUUGGGUCGAAGUCUCCAUGCGUCCUGGUACUCUGCGGUACUACGAUACACCCGGACAGAGCUUCCCCGUCGAAAGGGCGUCAGAUGCGCUUAAGCGGUCAGAAAGGCUACUUGGUAAUGCACAGGGUGCUGUCGCGAGCGAGUUGCGUAUCGAAACGCAGAAGCUGCAAAGACGCAUCAGAGACAUGUAG